AUGGCCCAUACAAGCUGCGGGAGGCUCGUAUCCUUUGUUGAAGUAGCUAAGACGCUCAUCAAGACCACGCACACGCAUAACUCAUGCAGCUCUUAUACACCCACUCAUCUAGACACUGCCAAAACACCGCGAAAUCAAAACAUGUUCGGUCUUGGCUCUGGAAAGCCAUACUUUGGCCUAACAGGGACAUGGCUCACUGUAUGGGUCACUGUAGCCUGUGCAACAGACAUGACGCUUUUUGGCUACGAUCAGGGUGUUUUUGGCGGCGUCAUCGUCACCCCAGAUUUUCUCGAUCAGCUUGACCUGAAUGGAAAGACAUCACUCAUCAGUACAGUCACAGCAAUCUACGAUAUCGGAUGUUUCUUCGGUGCCAUCUCUGUCUGCGCAAUCGGUGAUCCGCUCGGCAGGAAGAAAUGCGUUCUACUAGGCACAACCAUCAUGAGCAUUGGUGCAAUCAUCCAGAUAGCUUCUUUCAAUGUCCCCGAAAUGAUCGUUGGAAGAAUUAUUGCCGGGAUAGGAAACGGUAUCAACACGUCAACAGCGCCUGUGUGGCAGGGAGAAACUUCAAAGGCUAGCUGGCGCGGCAAGUUGAUCAUCAUCGAGAUGAUCAUGAAUAUUGCCGGUUUCUCGCUUUCUAAUUGGGUCACUUAUGGCUUCUCAUUUGUCGCAGGAAGCCCGGCAUGGCGCGUUCCGCUAGCGUUUCAAUUUUUGUUCAUCAUCAUCCUUUUCGCGACUGUCCCGUGGUUACCAGAGUCGCCCAGGUGGUUGAUGGCAAAAGGGCGUGUUGACGAAGCCGAGCGGAUUCUUGCUGACUUGGAAGCGACUGAUGUCGAUGAUCCCUUCAUCAUUACCCAGUCUAAAGACAUUCAAUGGGCCGUGCAGUACGAGAAGGACCACGCUGUACGUUGGCGCGAUCUGCUCCGUGGCCGAACUGGAGACCAGGCCGGUACGCAUACGAUCAGGCGAGUACUUCUUGGCAUGGGAACUCAGGCCAUGCAGCAGCUAUCUGGAAUCAAUGUGACUUCCUACUACCUGCCUACCGUUCUGAUCGAGUCGGUGGGCCUCACCAACAAUCUCGCACGUCUUUUGGCUGCAUGCAACUCAGUAUCUUACCUCCUUUUCUCUCUCAUCGGCAUCCCUAAUGUCGAGCGCUGGGGCAGGAGGAAGAUGAUGAUGUAUGCUGCAGCAGGUCAGUUCUUCUGCUACACCAUCAUCACAAUCUGCAUUCGGUACAACGAGGACACAUCGCUAUCAGUAACCACAAACCAAGCCUGGGCUAAGGGCUCCAUUGCGUUCUUCUUCCUAUACUACGUCUUCUUUGGUAUUGGAUGGCAGGGUGUGCCUUGGCUCUACCCGACAGAGAUCAAUUCCAUGGCCAUGCGAACAAAAGGCGCUGCACUUGGCACAGCGACGAAUUGGAUCUUCAACUUCAUGGUUGUUGAAAUCACGCCUCCCGGAAUCAGGAGCCUGCAAUGGCGUUUCUACAUCAUCUGGUGUGUGUUCAACUUCACCUUCAUCCCAAUAGUCUAUUUCCUCUACCCAGAAACCGCCGGCAGAACGCUCGAGGAUCUGGAUCGCUACUUUGCGGGCGACGCCCCUCUACUUGUGUUCAAGGACAAGGAAGCCAUCGCUUCAAAACGACCGGACAAGUAUGUUGAGAAUGAGAAAGCUGAGAUGAGGAGGCAUAGUAGCGUGGUUGCGGGCGACGUCGCUGCUGCGAAUGCUGCGCAUCAGAGAAAGUCCAGCGCGGAAUACCAUGACGACAUUUGA